ACGCUUGUGUUGUUUGCGUCAGAUAGCCUGUGUGCAACAUCGAGACAGGAUGCUUGCCUCCAAGAAUUUGUUUCUGGCAUUGUGGUGGAUUCUGUUCGCAUAUGGUGGCGCUGUAUGUCCGGACGGCUACUGUCGCCACUCGGACGGAUGUUACCGGACGGUGGCCCUCAAUGUCACGUGGAUAGACGCCAGGUCGUAUUGCGGGGUAUUGGGAGGAGCUCUUCUGUCCCCCGUGUCACAGUCCAUGGCGGCAGCGGCAGAGGGCGCUCUACGUAGAACUAAAGGUACAAUCUUCCCGGGCAAGUUCUGGCUGGACAUCACGGAUCUGCUCAAUCCUAAGGACUGGAAGAGGAUGAGCGACAAGAAGGCGCUCAACUUCACUAAUUGGAACACCACCUCUGGCAAUGGGACAAUGGAGGAUGGUUCCCGGAACUGCGUUUACAUGUCCGAGUCUCUGGAUUAUAAAUGGGUAGCCGCUUCCUGUGUGGAGAAGAUUAAUUUUCUCUGCUACCAUGCCGGGUAAGCAAAGCUAACACCUACCACAGAGCGAUACAACCAGUGGGGUGGUACCACGCGGGUCCCUAAGAAACGCCAAGAUGUGGACUGCUAAAAUCAAACUUUGUCACAUGUUUCUUCAUUAACUUUAUAUACUUUCUUUAUUGUUUUGAUCCUAAAAAUGUGAAAUCAUAUAUAUUCUUUGCAUUAAACAGAAAAAACACACUAAACAUGCAAUAGAAUUGAAAACAUAAUAUGGAUUAUUGUCUCAGCGCAAGUGAAUUGAAGAUAUUAUUGCUGCCUGAUUUUUAAAUUAAUUUCAUAUAUCUUCUAAAAGAUGGGUCACAUGCGAGUAUUAUUAUAUGACAGGUAACACAGAAGUACAUAGUUUGUCCAAAUAUAAACGAUAAGAAAGGCAAUUAUAUUUGAAAAUAUGCAAGCAAUGUUUUAUAGGUUUCUCAAAUGAAUAUAGAAUUGAUCGUAAUACUUUAAUAUAUUUAAUCACGUAAUAAAUAUUGAUUUCACGAGUACGUGUCCUGUUUUAAAAAGUGUUAUUUCCUUCCAUGAUGUUAUAAAAAAACUGUAUAACUGUAUAUCACGCCAUCUACAAAGUACUCUUCUUUAAUUGGCUGUUUGACAUCAUGCUGUGCCCAUAUAUUCUAUAUGGUGACAGUACACUAUAGGGGGCAGUAGUUACAUUCAAAAUGCCCGCCCGGAAUCGUCACAUGCUGACCCCAUAUAUUCUAUAUGGUGUCAGUAGACUAUAUGGUGUCAGUAGACUAUAGUUGACAUUGUGAUACAAUAUUGUGAUCAAUUAAUAGUAACGAAAAUAUGUAUUUUACAUUCCUU